GAUGAAGAAUAUCAGCUACUCGAGUUACUCGGUCAUGGUGCUUAUGGCUGUUUAUUUCUGGGUCAAUCUCUUCGAGAUAAUAGUUAUGUUGCCAUAAAGAUUCUCUUAAAAUCACGAGACCUCCAGCAGCUUCAACUCCAGCAACUUGAAAUGGAUAUUCAAUCUCAGCUCAAACACCCUCAUCUAUUAGCCCUUCAUAGAGUCAUCCAAGACCAAGACUACAUUUAUAUGAUCAUGGAACUAUGUGAUCAAGGUGAUCUCUUUGACUUUGUUAUCAAGGAUCAAGAAUCAUCAUUUAUUCGUGACGAGAGUUUGGUCAAGGAAUGGUUUACUCAAAUAUUAGAUGCAGUAGAACAUAUGCAUGCUCAAGGUGUCUAUCACAGAGAUAUUAAAUUGGAAAAUAUUUUAUUAAAGCAAGAACAAGAGAACACUGUCUGCAAGGUUGCUGAUUUCGGUUUAGCCACACGUGAGAGAUACUCAAUGGAAUUUGGUUGCGGUUCUACUUCUUACCUCGCUCCUGAACAUUUUGACGAUGACUCUGAGCUUGUUCCUUACGACGCCGCUGCUUCUGAUACCUGGUCCCUUGGUAUUCUUCUAUUGGCCUUCAUGUUUGGUAGAAACCCUUGGCAAGAAGCUUCUCAUUCUGAUCCUGCCUAUCAUCAAUUCACACGACAUCCU